AUGGGCAGCGAGGUGAGCCCCCUGCAGGCCGCGUUGAAGGGCGGCUCCGGGGCGGCGGCUCGGCGACCUGCUGGCCGCGGGGAAGGGCGGCUCCGGGGCGGCGGCUCGGCGACCUGCGGGCCGCGGCGAAGGGUGGCUCCGGCGGCGGCUCGGGGACCUACCGCCCGCGCCCGGCUGUGGAGGAACGGCGCAGAGACGCGAGCAGCUACUGCUGCUGCCAAGUCUCUUCCUCCCACUAUCUCUUUUCUCCUCCCAACAACUGUCUCGAUCCCUCUUUCUAGAAGUCUGAUCACCGACAAUGUUCUUCCCCCAUGCCUCCAAGAUUCAUCAAGCUGCUGGAACACCAACCACAACCACCUUCACCUGCAGCAAAUCGGCGGCACUACUCCUUCACCUGCUGGUCCUGGAGAUGAACGAGGCAUCAACAACAACAAUCAUGGUCAGGAAGGAUUAAUGGCCAUGGCUGGAGCCGGAGGGGGUGGUGGUGAUGGUGGCGGCUUUUCUGUGGAUGGUGAAGGCAGAGGUACCGGAAAUAGCAAGCCCAUGCCCAUGUCGGAGCGGGCACGGCUGGCGGGGGUGCCGCGGCCGGUGUCGGGGCUCAACUGCCCGCGCUGCGACUCCACCAACACCAAGUUCUGCUACUUCAACAACUGCCUGCUCUCCGGGCUGCAAUACUCGAUGUUCGGCAGCGCGCCGCUGUUGGCCGACUGCUUCGACCCACAAGACCUUGGUCUUAGUUUCCCCGACUGCCUGCUCUCCGCGGACACUGGCGCCUACGUGGCUGAUGACGGUGUCGACCACAACCACCACGACCCGUUCCUGCACACCAUGGCUGGGCCGCCAGCUGCGGCAAUACCGACCACAAUGGUGGCGAUGCAUGGCAUGAUCCACCUAGGGCUACCGAGCGGCGGCGACCACAAUGGCGAGGAGGGUGGAGGACACCACCAGUUCCACCACCACCAGUCAAUGAUACCAGCCAAGGGAGACCACCACCAGCAGCAACAAAAUUACCCGAGCAGCAGGAGCAUGUCCGGGGAUAUCGCCGAUGGAGGCGGCGGCCGCUAA